UAGACGACAUGUGUACUUUAUCAUCCUUGCUUCUGCAUAUACGAAAUACAUCGGUGCUCGAGAGUCGACCCACGAGUAGCGCAGUUCCUCUAGACUACAACAACAAGCCAGUCAAAGAAGCGUGCGUUGGAACUGAGGCUUUGGUCUCCGCUCUUUCCAAACUGACAUGUCUGCAACAGAAAAGCAAGCAGACGUCCUCUGCACGACUGCCGAAUGUCAGGGGAUUGGGUGCUCGAGCUCCCACCCCAAGAGCGAGGAGCACCACUCCAGAACUCUUCUCGUUCCAGAGAAAACUUGAGGAGUCUCUCCACAAGAAAGCAGAGUUCAUUGCCCACGAGAGACAGCGAUCUCAAGAGCACCCAAAACCGUUCAGUGCUCAACCACCACCGAGCGCAAAACAGAGAUUUUCUCUCAAGAAGACAACAACGCCUGUGACAAAAGUGGAGCCAUUCAACCUAUUGUCAGAAGCCCGCCACCAUCAUCGCGUGUUGUCUGAAAAUGAAAAGCAAAGGAAGCCACGGGAAUACGAAGAAGAAUACAAGCAGUUAAGAGCACUGACAUGCAAGUCCAACCUCCCUCUCAGCCGAAGCUAGCAGGAACGCAUACAAUGCGUUCGAUUUAAUCAUCAUCAUCUGGUAUUUCCUCGGCAACAUCCAGUUGGCUUCCCAUUCGUGGUGGUGGCACUGGAAUCCUUUUCUUCUGGAGCGCUUCUGCGUCUUCUUUCGUUUCUGCGCAAAGAAAAUAUGAGCAAACGCUAGUUUCAACUCCGUGAACUUUCACCAUAGUAGAAUAAAAACUUGGUAGUGCCCGUCCUCGUCUGGAUUCUUUUGUGAGGUCCAUUUUACAGAGUACGGCCGUGUCUUGUCAAAAUCGCGCAAGUGUUCCAGAUAGAAGUUUUUGAUAUCUCGAACGCGGACAACGUGACGCUUUCGGCCACUUAUAAAGCGGACGUACGCGUACCACGGGGGCACUGCGGUGCUAGGUGACAUAGACAUUGUUCACUGAACAAAUCGUUGAAAAGGGGGUGUCGAAGGCAACGCAAAAAUAACCUGACUGCGAAGAUCAUGGUCACAGCAAGCCUCCGAACGUCUUCUGCGUCGCCGCUGCUUCAUACAGGACUAUCUUAUCUGGCCUCUAGAACGCCCUGUUUGCUGGGCGAAGGAAUAUAGCCCCCAACCCUUUGAGUGAUAAAGCAUGGGAGUUGUUUCGUCUUGGUCAUAUAGAUAGAGACAUAAAGCCUCCUGGCUUUGAGGAAAAGAGUGAAAACCGAGAUGAAAACAGUGCAUAUUUUCUA